UCUUGUUGUCAACCCCGUACAAUUAAUUUCGAGUCUUCGCUCUUCAAAGAGAGGCAAGAUGGCGGCUAGAACUGCUGGCCAAGGACAGUUCAUGACCAGCUCUGAAAAUCCGAGGCUUGCCAAUGAGCCGCUCAUUGAUAACAUUGAAUAUGAUCAGAUUGUCGUUUCUGAUAAGAAAAGCUGGAGGAACUUUUUUGCCUAUUUGGGUCCUGGAUUUCUUGUUUCUAUUGCCUACAUUGAUCCAGGAAACUUUCAAACUGAUCUGCAGUCAGGAGCCCAAUACAAGUAUGGGUUACUUUGGAUCAUAUUACUGGCAUCAAUUGCAGCUCUCAUAAUCCAAUCUCUAGCAGCAAAUUUGGGUGUUGUUACAGGAAAGCAUUUAGCAGAACACUGUAGAAAAGAGUAUCCAAAGGUGGCCAAUAUCAUCUUGUGGAUUCUUGCUGAAAUUGCUAUUGUUGCAUGUGAUAUUCCUGAAGUGAUAGGGACAGCAUUUGCAUUAAACAUGCUCUUCAAAAUUCCUAUAUGGUGUGGCGUGCUAAUCACAGGGCUCAGUACUUUGGUUUUGCUAUUGUUACAGCAAUACGGGGUCAGAAAACUUGAGAUCUUUAUUGCUUUGUUGGUGCUUAUCAUGGCCGCGUGCUUCUUUGUGGAGCUUGGCUAUGCAAAACCCAAAUCUUCAGAGGUUCUUUAUGGACUUUUUGUUCCGCAGCUCAAGGGAAGUGGUGCCACUAAACUAGCCAUUUCAUUGCUUGGUGCUAUGGUUAUGCCGCAUAAUCUGUUCCUCCAUUCUGCUUUGGUCUUAUCUAGGAAAAUUCCACGAUCAGUUUCUGGCAUCAAAGAGGCUUGCAGAUUUUAUCUGCUAGAAAGCGGGUUUGCCCUAAUGGUGGCCUUCCUCAUUAAUGUAUCGGUCAUCUCAGUAAGUGGUGCAGUUUGCAAUUCCCCAGAUCUGAACCCAGAAGAUGAGCAGAAUUGUCAAGACUUGGAUUUGAACAAAGCAUCAUUCUUACUUAAACAUGUUUUAGGAAGUUGGAGCUCCAAGGUAUUUGCAAUUGCUUUGCUUGCAUCGGGCCAAAGUUCUACAAUCACUGGAACAUAUGCAGGGCAAUAUGUUAUGCAAGGAUUCCUUGACUUGCAAAUGAAACCGUGGAUUCGGAACUUCUUGACUCGAUGCUUAGCUAUAGUCCCCAGUCUAAUUGUGGCACUGAUUGGAGGCUCUGCUGGUGCUGGAAAUCUUAUUAUUAUAGCAUCGAUGAUCCUGUCAUUUGAACUUCCGUUUGCACUCAUCCCACUUCUCAAGUUCACAAGUAGCAAGACUAAGAUGGGAAUGCAUGCAAACUCUAUUUGGAUCUCUGCAGCAACUUGGAUUAUUGGCUCCCUGAUAAUGGGCAUAAACAUCUACUAUUUGGCAGAGAAGUUGGUAACAACUCUUACUCAUAGCCAUUUAAGGGUUGUUGGCAUUGUAUUCUGUGGAGUACUAGGAUUUUCGGCCGUGUUAGUUUAUUUGGCUGGUAUCCUAUACUUGGUCGUGCGCAAGACUAAGAAAGUUGACAUUCUUCUACCCGAAAGUUUGCAGAUGGCAAACGAGUCGAGCAAUGCAUCAGUUCUGCCUAGGGAGGAUAUAGUAAACAUGCAAUUGCCUCAGACGAGGACUACUUCGGAUGAUGACUAAAAAAGUACUCCGUAUAGAUAUCGUAGGCGAGGCAGAAGUAGGGGAAAGUUUCUGUUUUCAGUUCCAAAUAAACGAUAGCUAGUUCAAGUAGCUGUUUUACACAGAAUGUUACCCCAUUUUUCUGUUGAUUUUAAGUGACUUGACUUUGUCUUUCCAAUGCUCACGUGGACUAAUAAUUUUCA